UUGGAGGGAACUUUGUUAAAAAAAAGAAAUAGAAAGAGCGUGGGCAACAGGCUCACUCAGGCAGUCACUGGAAUCGUCUCUCAAUGCGGCGGCGUCCUCUUCAACUCCUCGCCUCAGCCGCUACCGACGUCUCCUCCUCCUCCUCCUCCUCAUCCACUACCAUGUCUUCUCGCCCUCCCUACCGUGGUGGCCGCGGCCAAUGGCGGAGAGGCUUCUCCGAUCGUCCCUACACCGGUGGAAGAGCCCAAGUCCAAACCCAAACCCAAACCCAAACCCAAGGCCAAGCUCAGUUUGUGAGCGGAGACUCGCAUUUCCGGUCAGUCCGCGACGCCAACCUAGGGUUCCGCCACGGAGACUCCGGCGGACGCUUCUCCAACCAAACUGCUUUCCGCCCUCGCCAUCGCCCACCACCUCCCAAUCCUUACAAUAAUCAAACCCAACGCUUUCGGCCGUUCGAUCCAAACCAGUCGGUUCGUCCGCCUCACCAUUUUCGCCCCAAGCCGUUGGAUUAUCGGAAUUGGGAACUCGCCGCGCAGCCUCCGCCUCCUAAUUCUGAGCGUUUUAUAGUGGUAUCAUAUAAUAUACUGGCUGAUUACCUUGCUAAUAGCCACCGGAGCAAGCUUUACUAUCACAUACCCCGUCAUAUGUUGGACUGGGAAUGGAGAAAGAAAAGUAUACUCUUUGAGCUUGGAUUAUGGUCAGCUGAUAUUAUGUGCUUACAGGAGGUUGAUAGAUUUCUGGAAUUAGAAGAGCAGUUGAAGCUUAGGGGAUACAGUGGUAUUUGGAAGAUGCGUACUGGCAUUUCUGUUGAUGGCUGUGCAAUCUUUUGGCGAACAUCAAGAUUCAAGUUGCUCCAUGAAGAAUGCAUUGAGUUCAACAAGCUUGGACUUCGGGAUAAUGUUGCUCAGAUAUGUGUGCUGGAGUUAAUGAAUCAAAAUUGCACUGAAGAGACUGCAACUCUACCAACAAGUACCUGCAGCUCAAUAGGUUCCAGCAAGGUUGUCAUAUGUAACAUUCAUGUGCUUUACAAUCCUAAAAGGGGAGAAAUUAAGAUUGGCCAGGUCAGGAUGCUCCUAAAUAGGGCUCAUUCUGUUUCAAAGCUUUGGGAUGAUGCUCCAGUUAUUCUUUGUGGGGAUUUCAAUUGUACCCCAAAGAGUCCAUUAUACAACUUUAUCUCAGAACAGAAGCUAGAUUUGUCUGAAGUGGGUAGAGAUAAGGUAUCUGGACAAGCUACUGCAGAAAUCCCUUCAUCAAGGCCGUAUAAUUCUAAUUCCAGGAAUGGGUCUAUUAAUAAUCCAAUUCAAGAUCCAUCAUUGGUAGAUGGAAAGGAAAUUGACAUCAAGUUGAGCGAUUCUGUCUCACAUAUGCAGAAAUUGAAUAAUCCAGACAGCAAUAUGAAAAGUCUUCCUGCAAUGAACAACACUCAGCCUCAAUGUGCAAACACUAUGCCGGAUGUGUCUGAUGAAUCUUGUAGUGAUAGGCAAAGUUUUACAGAUGAUGGCACACUGCUUAAUGAAGUGAAAAAGGAAACUCAGCAGAAUUCUGUAGAUGGCUUUAGGGAGUUACAUGAAUCAAAUUUUGUUCCAGUUGAUGGAUGUAAGGGAGACUCAAGUACUUCUUAUGGUGAAGGUGGGUUUCCUAUUGAGCAUGUGCAUAAUGAGAUCAAUAAAUUUGCUCCUGUAGCUUCCCAUCCUGAAGAGGUUUACUCCAAUGCAACUCACACUGGAUACAGUGAAGGGGAAAAUGCCCCCUCUCAUUCUAAUAAUGGAUCAUUAAGUGGACAUGCCGAGUCCAAUGACUAUGUAGAAAAUGAAAGUGUGAACCAUGAUAAUCCCACAAUCUCCUUUCUGGGAAAUCAUCAGUCAACCAGGGCCAAGAUUGAUUCAGAAUGUGUUGAUCCUUUUAAUUCUGAAAUUUCAUCAUCUGAGCCAUCCUGCCAGACCUCCUCCAAAGCUGUUGAAGUCAUUCCUCAAGGGGACUCAGGAAGUCUAUCAGCCCAUCAAAUUGUGAAUGAUGAUGAUGCUAGCUCUUCAAGCCCAUAUCAAGCCAAUGCUUCAGAUCCAUCUACUAGUGUCAACUUUUUGGUAGAUGAGAAACUGGAGAAUUUAUCUCUAAAUGAGCUUGAUAAAGCUGUGGUAGGUGGAAAUGUCGGUGAAGAUGAAAGUACAUUUUUAUCUGCAUUGCAUGAGAUUGGAGAUGCCUGUCCAUCUGAAUUUGGUCAAUUAAAAUCAGAUCUUGAGGUGUCAGGUCACUCGAAGGAGCUUGAGUCUGUUCCCUCCAAGUCCCUUUUGAAUUCACUAAGCAAUGAAGUUGAGGAUGAUUUAUCUCAAGGCUUGGAUUCUGAGCCUGUAGCCAUGGAGAAAUAUGGGUAUGAUCCAUCAUUGUGGACUCCAAUGGAAAUAGAAACGGCAACAGGCAGUCCAGACUGCACCCUUUUGGAACACCCUUUAAUGCUUAGUAGCACAUAUGUUGAAGUUAAGGAUUGUUCGGGAACCAGAGACUCAAAUGGAGAGCCCUUAGUUACCAGUUACAAUAGGUGUUUUUUUGGCACAGUUGAUUACAUAUGGCGCUCUGAAGGUCUCCAAACAGUCAGGGUGCUUGCUCCAAUGCAAAAACAGGCUAUGCAAUGGACUCCAGGAUUCCCAACAAAGAAAUGGGGUAGUGAUCAUAUUGCCUUGGCUGCUGAAUUGGCAUUCGUGAAAGAUUUGAGCAAUCAUAACACAGAAGUUCUAUAGCAGUGGCAUUGUCGAUAAUUGAGGUUUGCAUGGAAAAGUUGUGGGAAGUGUGCACCAGCUCCUUCAGUGUUUAAUUUUUACCUGUAACAGCAAGCUUAAAUUUGUGGAGAAGUCCACAGCUUUACUCCUAGCUAUUUAAGGUUGGUUAUAGUCAUUUGCACCAUUCCUUUUGUAUAUAUUUUGUUAUUAGUUAACGCUCAAGUUAUUUACUUAUGAAUCAAAAGAUUUUGAUUUCAUGUACCAUCGGAUUCUGACCAAGAGAAAUACAUUAAUGGGCUCGUGAUCAUACAAGUUGUUGCUUGAAUUAUAUCCUUCUUGCAUAUUACUGGAAUAAAUUCAUGCUAAUUCAUUUA